AUGGCCUAUGGGGAUGCCGAUUCAGAGAGUGUGGGUCGAGCAGUUGAGCAGUUGAGAUGUGCUCUCAAAAGCGAAUAUUGGAAUGCGUCUAGUCUGGUUAUAGAGGCCUUGGAAUGUAUUGCGGCAUGUGCUAAGAAAUGCAAAAGGGAGUUGAAGCUAGAGUGGAAGCUUGAUGAUAUGAUUGUUGAUGCAUUCAAUAGGACUGACGAAGCAGACAGGGAGAGAUUUGUGCUACUUCUUCCAGACCUUGUGUUUUGCAUGCGAGAUCCAAGGAACAUAUACCCGUCGAUAGAACGCUACUUUGUGCCGGGAUUUCUUUUCUGUUUUGAUGUUGCUGAGCUGGUUUUUCUUAUGAAAAAGGACUUUGGAUAUGAGUUUGAGGGGUUUUUUAGGAAUUUGCUGUGCUGUAUGAAUCCAAUGACGAUGGGACACCACAUAGAGAAGAGGCUGAUGCUGGUGAUGCUGGUGAUUGAGGACAAAUCGUCGACCUUGGCAACAGUUAAGGCAAUAAUCAAGAAGCUGUGUAGUAUUUCACUGCUGAUGCGAUCUGCUGAUUGCCACAAGAUUCUUUGGACUGUCCUGUGGAUUAUGAGGCUGCAUCCGAUGACAUAUUCGAUGGCAAGAGCAGAAUCGUUUGUGAAAGAGUUGGAAUGGACAUCAAGCAUCAUAUUUAACGAAUUCCAGCCAUAUCUGUUUGAACUUGAUAUUCUAAGUGAGUCUGUCAAGGGGAUACGGAAUGUUAUAAGGCAGAUAAAAGAUGAGGCAUGUGAUAUAAAGAAGCGGCCAAGAUUCAUAACGUUUACGAAUUUUAUGUUUCCUGAGCUUGAGAUAUGA